UUGGUGGGACCUCUUAAUGUGCAAGUUGACGUGGAUAUUGCAGCAGUGGAAAAGAAGAUCAAAAGGAUCAUUGAAGAUGGAGUUCAGAAACUGAUGGUUAUAUCGGACUUUGAUUACACAAUAUCGCGAUAUCGUAACUCAAACGGUGAAAAAUGUUGGACAUCUUACGGGGUUUUCGAAACCUCGAAUUCUGCUCCUUGUUUAUUACUGAGUGAGAAGUGUAAUGUACUGAAAGAUAAGUAUGUGACUAUCGAGUAUGACCCAUGCAUGUCGAUAGAGGAGAAGACACCUUAUAUGGAAGAAUGGUUUGUUUCUGAUAGUGAGAAUUACAACUGUUGCUUGGCUUUUAUUCAUACAGUGUUUUUUAUCCAAUGUGUGCGGGAUUCAAAAAUUGAGCUAAGGGAUGGGACGAUGGCAUUUUUCGAAACCUUGGAUUCAUGCAAUGUUCCUUUAAUAAUAUUUUCUGCCGGUAUUGGUAACGUGAUCGAAAUUUUUUUGAAGCAGAAAUUUGGCAAAGUUUUAGAGAACGUUCAUAUAAUUUCAAAUUUAAUGGAGUUUGAUCAAAACGGUUAUGUAAAAAGGUUUCUUGAACCACUUAUCCACACUUUUUGCAAGAACGCGUCAGUGCUAGAUACGAAUCUUCCGGUCUUCAAAAAUUUGUCUGACAGAACUAAUGUUAUCUUGAUGGGAGACAGCCUGGGAGAUUUGGAUAUGGAUACUGGUGUGGCGAACAAGGGUGUGGUGUUAAAAAUAGGUUUUUUAAAUUUCAACGUUAGCGCUCUUCUUGAUGCCUAUUUGGAUGGCUUUGAUAUUGUUCUAAUUGACGACCAGUCUAUGGGUAUACCUCAACAUAUAUUUCAAUUGGUCUGUACUUCAACCGACUAUCUUUCUGAGAACUCAUCUAGCAGGAAACUAUGUAAGUUUUUAUCACGAUGCCUCUUUAUUACUUUUUCUAUUAUUUAA